GGCCGGUCAGAGCGUUGUUCCAUUCACAUGGUUUCUUGACAAAACUUCACGCUUCCUUCUUAAAGCCAUUCUUUUAUAGUCAAGAUUGCCGAAUUGUGGUCCUCUAGAAAGCUAAAUAUGUUCCUGCAUCGACUUGUGCUGCUUUCCUUAGUUUCAUAUGUCUUCUCGACAGAUUAUUUUGUAGAAAAAUUUGAAGAUAAAUCUUGGGAAGAUAGAUGGGUUCAGUCCACGAAGAAAGGAGCUGAAGCAGGCAAAUUUAUAUUGACUGCCGGUAAAUUUUACGGCGAUGCAGAGAAAGACAAAGGUAUUAAGACUAGCCAAGAUGCAAGGUUUUAUGCAGUUUCGGCCAAGUUCGACAAGCCUUUUUCCAACGAAGACAAAAAUCUAGUUAUCCAAUUUACCGUCAAGCACGAACAGAACAUAGAUUGUGGUGGUGGUUAUAUCAAGGUCUUCGCAAGCGAUUUGGAUCAGAAAAAUAUGCAUGGAGAUUCCCCAUACUUGAUUAUGUUUGGACCUGACAUUUGUGGACCAGGAACCAAGAAAGUUCAUGUCAUUUUCAACUAUAAGGGAAAGAAUCUUCUGACAAAGAAGGAAAUUAGAUGCAAGGAUGAUGAAAUGACCCAUCUCUACACCUUAAUUGUGAAACCAAGCAACACCUAUGAAGUUAGAAUUGAUAAUGAGAAAGUAGAGAGUGGUGAACUUGAAGAAGAUUGGGAUUUCCUUCCACCCAAGAAGAUCAAAGAUCCAAAUGCCAAGAAGCCUGAAGACUGGGAUGAUAACAAGAAAAUCGAUGACCCAGAAGACAAGAAACCAGAAGAUUGGGACAAGCCACAGAACAUUCCAGACCCUGAUGCCAAGAAACCAGAGGACUGGGAUGAUGAAAUUGAUGGGGAAUGGGAGCCACCAAUGAUUGACAAUCCUGAGUAUAAGGGUGAAUGGAAACCAAAACAGAUUGACAAUCCCAACUACAAGGGUGAAUGGGUUCAUCCAGAAAUUGAUAACCCAGAUUAUUCUGAAGAUAAGAACCUAUAUUUGUACAAAGACAUUGGCGCUGUUGGUUUUGACCUAUGGCAGGUGAAAGCUGGUACCAUCUUUGAUAAUGUUUUAAUAACAGACUCAAUAGAAUCCGCAGAAGAAGCUGCUAAAGAAUUUGAAAAGACUAAAGAAGGUGAAAAGAAGAUGAAAGAUAAACAAGAUGAAGAGGAAAGAAAGAAGCAAGAAGAGGAAGACAAAAAGAGAAAAGAGGAGGAAGAAAGCAAGAAGAAGGAGGAGGAGGAGGAGGAAGAAGAUGAAGAGGACGAGGCUGAAGAUAAGAAAGAUGAAGAUAAGAAAGAUGAAAAGGAAGAGGCGAAAGAAGAAAAGUCAGAAGAAGAACCAGCUGAAGAAAAGAAAGAUGAGGAUGAAACAACAGAAGAAACGAAGAGGGAUGAACUCUAAUUUCCCAACAUGAAAGUGGGAAUUUUUUAGUUUUCUUCACCUUUUGUUAAUUAGCUUCUUUCAAUUCUUAGACUUAAUUCUUUCUUUGAGGUCCAGUGUUGGUGUAAAAAUACGUAUGGCAGCCAGUUUAUGUUAUUGUCAACCACUCUAUUUUUUAAAAUAUAUGAUCUCGCAGCCUUUGUUGCUCCUUGUAAUAAGGUUAGGUCUUUAGUGAACAACAUUUUACUCCUUUUUUUGUAUCAAGUGGUACUUGGUUCACUAAAGGCUUCUUUGUAAUCAAAUUAGCAAAAUUGACAGCGAAAAUGCAAACACAACAAAGCAAAAUCAUUUCAUGUAUGCUUGAACAUGAUGAAAUAAAAAGCGUAAAAUUUAA